AUGAAGUGCCUGAUUCGCAUGGCAGCCGCCCGGCAGCAAUCGGUGGUAUUUUUCGAGACGGUUCUCUCUCUGCGCCAGCAGAAGCAUACCUAUCUGGAGGCGAUACCCCUUCCCAAUGAUGUUUUCCCCCAGGUACCCGCGUACUUCCACCAGGCCCUGUCCGAAGUGGAGUCCGAGUGGGCGGACCACACUCAAGUGAUUGAGUUCUCAGAGGCGCGGCCGUUCCAGCGCAGUAUGGUGUCGCGUCUCCCCUACUUUAUGAUCCAAUGGGACUACAAAGGGCAGCGUGGCUAUGGGCAUGUGAUCGAGUCUUUGCAAGGGCAGUAUACAGGCCGGCCCGCAGGACCUCAGACAGACGAGCCAACCUUUGAGGAUGGCGACCACGUGGGUGGACAUGGCUUUCCCAAGCACUUUGCACAUGAGAUCAUCGGUAACAUUCUCGAUCUUGAGCCCUUCCGAUGGCGGCGCCCUCGCCAUGUGACGGGCAUGGCGCAGCAGCUCGAGGCGUUCCGUGCGGUGUGGGGGCCCUACGACUGGACGCGCGAGCUGGCGCCGUAG